UUUUUGUAAGUCUGUUCUUUUUUGUGGUUUAUGUUUAAAAAAUUAUUAGUAAAAAGACCUUGAUCAAAAAAAAAGUUCUGACCCCAUUUGAAGAGCUAACAACUAAUGUCAGCGCUGCCUCUUCUACUGCAGCUGAUGUCAUCCCCUCUAUCCAUGUCCUGAUACAGUUUCUCAGUAAAGAGAGUGAAGAUGAUCAGGGGAUCCAAACGACGAAAACCACUCUUCUGGAUGCAGUCCGCAGACGUUUCAAGCACGUAGAAUCUGAGGCCCUCUACAACUGUGGCAACGCUGCUGGAUCCACGUUAUGAAGACAAGUAAGGGAUUUUAUUUUAAAUUGUACAUUUAUUUUGCCUAACCUGGUGUGUAUGCGAAAAACUGUACUGUUUAUAAUGAGUUUGUCUUAGCGUAUGUGAUUGUAUUAACACUGCAUAAGAUAAGAUCAGGUGGCUUGUCAAUAUAUACAAGACAGUGAAAUGAGUCCUCUCCACUUCAGUGAUGUCAAGCACAUCACAUACGUAUAGCAUACAUACUAAAAUAUAUUAUUUAUAACCAGUCAAUAGAAACAAAUAAUUUUAAAAAAGUUGCUUCAAGAAAUUGUUACUGAAUCUCCAUUUACAUUAUCAUGACUGUGUGUUACUUUCUGUGAGCCCAAUUGUGUGGGGAAUGUGUGUGAAAGCUCUGAAAUAUACAUUCUGACAUAAUUUUAUAUAUUUUUUUAUUUAUGCCAGGUACUUCAUCAAUGCAGAAAACCUGGGAAAUGCAAAGGCAGCAUUAAAGGCAGCUGUGUUGAAAACAGAAGGACAGCUGAAGACCACCACACCUCCAGCUGAUGAAACUGUGUCAGAGCCAAUGAAGAAGACUCCACGGACGGAAGGUGCAAGCAGCAGCCUUGGCAGCAUCUUCGACGAGAUACUGGAGGAGAGCAGCACAGCAGCAGGUCCUYCUGAGCAGAUCACCCCAGGGGUAAUCAUUGAAAUGGAGAGCUACCUCUGUGAGACUCCUAUUGAACGUAAGAACAAUCCUUUACAUUACUGGAGAGUCAACCAAGCACGAUUUCCCACCCUGGCAGCAACAGCAGCCAAGUUCCUCUGUGCUCCUUGCACAAGUGUCAAGAGCGAGAGGCUCUUUAGCUCAGCAUCUAUUAUCAUUGAGGAGCACAGGAGCAAGCUAACAGCUCAGCAUGCUGAAAUGCUCAUCUUCC